ACUCACACCCGCAUCUAUUAGUAAUGAAGACUUAACUAGUAGGUCUAAUACAGCCGCGGUAAAACAUGAUUGCUCACUCUUGCACAUCUUUCCUCCCACGAAGCUGCUUCUGUAUGCUUCUUUUUUGUGUGCCGCGUUUCAAAUUUGGAAUCCUUUACUGCAUUUAUGAAGGGGCUGUGUCGUUUUCUAUUUGACAUCGUGGCAGACACGUAUUUUGUUAUUUUCUGUAAAUAAUCUGUUUAGAAAAUAUUUAUGGUUGGAUUUUAAGACUGUCUGACUGGGUGGUAUUAUUUGCAGCCUGGACAAAUCACAUACAUUAUUAGCAUCGCGUAACCUUCACGCGGGCUACAUUGAGCAGAGCUAGCUGCCUGCCUGUUGUCCGACUAGGUACUGUCCGCGGUGCUGAAUGGUGUUGAAGGUCGGCGCCUCAGUCUGUCUCCUCCUGAUUUUACUGCACGCUGCCCCGUAACAUUUCCACCAAAUUAGGAUUACAUACAUUGUUUUUCCUGUACGGACACGAUGCUUCCCGUCGUUACCAUGGGUUAUGUGGGUAUGCAACUUGUGCCGAAAACAACAAGAAAUCCUAACCAAGUCGGGAGCGUGGUUCUACAGCAGCGCCGCAGGGCCACGGGGCGGGUCUGAGGGCCCCAGGGGUCGACGUCACGAGGAGGCUCCCCAGGAGAAGAAGGCCAAACUGCAGCAGGAUCUCCUCUACCAGGGGCCCCCAGGGGACAUAUCAGCAGAUAGAAGCAGACCUCCCGGGCUCCCCAGACAAGGCUCCCUCAACAACGGCUCAGGGCUGAGGCACUCAGGUCAAGGACAGGACAUAGACAGGAAACGAAGCCCAUCAGCAUCUAGGGAUACAAACCAAAAAUACGACCAAAGGGAGGAGCGGGGUCAGUAUGCCCCGGGGGACGGCACCAUGCCCAGAUCACCGUCCGACUACGGGGAUGGGGACCCUCGGCGUGGGGCCCCACGGAGGUACCAAGACGCUGAGGCGGCGCGGGGGGAGUACCGUGGUGGGCGUGGCCGCUGGCGCUCCCAGGAGGACUACCCUCUGGACCAGGACGGGCCCUACCCUCUAGACGGGCCCUACCCUCUAGACGGGCAGCCCAGUGAGUACGAGCUGCAGCGCCAGCGCCAGGAGGAGUACCAGACACGCUACCGCUCCGACCCCAACCUAGCCCGUUACCCCGUCAAGCCCCAGCCCUACGAGGAGCAGAUGAGGAUGCAUGCUGAGGUGGGCCGGGCCAGGCACGAGAGGCGCCACAGUGAUGUGUCUCUGGCCUACACGGAGCAGGACGAGCCCCAGGGACCAAUCCGCCUGUCCAGACAGCAUCUGACCGAGCGCCGGCCGCCCAUGGUGGGCCAACGCUCCUACUCCAUGGACAGAAACUCCCCCACCCCUGGAGGCCACCACCGGACCUCCAACCACAGCCCCCCCACCCCACACCGCAGCCCCGUGCUGGGGGAUAGGUCAGGGGACAUGAGGCGGGGGCCAGGGGAGCCAAUAGGGUUCAGGGGUCAUGAUUAUCUGGACCCCAGCUCUGCAGUCAGGAAGACCAAGAGGGAGAAGAUGGACACCAUGUUGAGGAACGACUCUCUGAGCUCUGACCAGUCCGAGUCCAUCAGGCCGCCGCCACCAAAGCCCCACAAAACCAAAAAGGGGGGUAAGAUGCGGCAAGUAUCCCUGAGCAGCUCGGAGGAGGAACUGGCCACCACGCCGGAGUACACCAGCUGUGAGGACGUGGAGAUAGAGAGUGAGUCUGUCAGUGAGAAAGGAGAUUUGGAUGGCCACUGGUUGGACCAUGCGUCAUGGCAUAGCAGCGAGGCCUCCCCAAUGUCUUUGAAUCCAGUGACAUGGCAGCCCUCCAAAGAUGGGGAGCGCCUAAUAGGGCGGAUUCUGCUCAACAAGCGGAUGAAGGAUGGAAGUGUACCUCGAGACUCAGGAGCACUGCUGGGACUGAAGGUGGUGGGUGGAAAGAUGACAGAAUCUGGUAGACUUUGUGCUUUCAUCACUAAAGUGAGGAAAGGAAGUCUAGCGGAUACUGUUGGACACCUCAGACCAGGCGACCAGGUGCUGGAGUGGAACGGGAGGUUUUUACAAGGAGCCACAUUUAAAGAAGUUUACAAUAUCAUUCUAGAAUCAAAGCCAGAACCCCAGGUGGAACUGGUGGUCUCAAGGCCCAUAGGAGAUAUUCCUCGGAUACCAGACAGCACACAUGCACAACUGGAAUCAAGUUCGAGUUCCUUUGAGUCUCAGAAGAUGGAUCGCCCCUCUAUCUCUGUCACGUCUCCCAUGAGCCCCGGGAUGCUGCGGGACGCCCCCCAGUACCUGUCAGGACAGCUCUCAAGCCAAAGCCUUAGUAGAAGAACAGCGCCUUUUGUCCCUAGGGUCCAGAUCAAACUGUGGUAUGACAAAGUGGGCCAUCAGCUAAUAGUGACCAUCCUGGGAGCCAAGGACCUGCCUUCUAGGGAAGAUGGCCGCCCCAGGAACCCUUACGUCAAAAUCUACUUCCUCCCUGACAGAAGUUUGAAUUAUUGUUCCUCCAGCGACAAAAGCAAGAGGAGAACAAAAACGGUAAAGAAAUCCUUAGAGCCCAAAUGGAACCAGACCUUUAUGUAUUCUCCUGUGCACCGGCGGGAGUUCCGUGAGCGCAUGUUGGAGAUCACCCUGUGGGACCAGGCCAGGGUCAGGGAGGAGGAAAGCCAGUUCCUGGGAGAGAUACUGAUAGAGCUGGAGACAGCCCUGCUGGAUGAUGAGCCUCACUGGUACAAGCUGCAGACCCACGACGUGUCCUCCAUGCCCCUCCCCCGCGCCUCGCCCAACCCCCAGCGCAGACAGCUCCACGGAGAGAGCCCCACGCGGAGGCUACCCAUACAGAGAUCUCAGAGAAUCAGCGACAGUGAGAUCUCUGACUAUGACUGUGAAGACGGUGUUGGGGUAGUGUCAGACUACCGGCAGAACGGCAGGGACCUUCAUAGUUCCACGUUGUCUGUCCCAGAGCAGGCGAUGUCAUCCAACCACUGCUCGCGGUCGGCAGACAUGAACCGGGCGCGGUCGCGGUCCCCCAGCGUUCCCCCUCCACAGAGCAGAAGUCUGGACCCCGGCUAUGACAUUGACCCUGCCUCAUCUCAGUACAGCUCCUCCAGUAGAGUGGACCGGCGCAGUGUGUCCGAUGACCACCACUCACCUGACAGCCGCAACCACCGCAUAUCCAACAUCAGUCGAGAAGAGGCUGUCAGGUUACUGCGCUCCACUAGGAUGUCCCGAGCCCACUCAGAGGGCGCGUACUCCUCCUCUGCUUCCGUCGACUAUGACUACAAGAGGAACCACGGAGCCGUUGACAGGCAUGUGUAUCACAGCAGGUCCAGGUCAGCUGACCAGCGUCCCGCGCUAGAGCGCACCACCACCUCCCGCUCGCGGUCCACGGAGCGGCCUGACUCCGCCCUCAUGAGGUCCAUGCCGUCUUUACCCUCCGGACGCUCCGCCCCUCCCUCACCUGCCUUAACGAGGGCGAACCCCCGCAGCGGAUCGGCCCAAACCAGCCCCACCAGUACCCCCAUGUCCGACAGGAGAGGAGGUCGGCAACUACCACAGCUUCCACCCACAGGGACCAAGGGCAGAAGUGCUAUGGAUGUGGAGGAGAGGACCAGACAGAUGAAGCUGAAGGUCAACAAGUUCAAGCAGGGGGUUGGGUGCGACUCCAGACUGGAACAGGACUACAACAAGAGGAGGGAUGGUCAGCGGGGUUCAGACAACAUGUCAGCCAAGUCUUCGGACAGUGAUGUAAGCGACGUGUCCGCUGUGUCGAGAACCAGUAGUGCCUCUCGGUUCAGCAGCACGAGCUACAUGUCUGUCCAAUCAGAACGGCCGCGAGGAAAGCAGAAGAUCAGUGACUUUACGUCCAAAAUGAAAAACAGGCAGUUGGGCACGUCGUCAGGGAGUAUGAACAUGACCAAGAGCACAAGCAUCGGUGGAGACAUGUGCAACCUGGAGAAGACGGACGGCAGCCAAUCGGACACGGGCGUGGGCAUGGUAGGCGGGGACGAGGAUAAGAAGAGGCGCUCCAGUAUUGGUGCCAAAAUGGCGGCAGUGGUUGGCCUCUCGCGGAAAAGCAGGAGUACCUCUCAGCUCAGCCAAACAGCCGGUGGGAAGAAGCUUCGCAGCACUGUGCAGAGGAGCACAGAGACGGGCUUGGCCGUAGAGAUGAGGAGCAGGAUGACUCGGCAGGCCAGCAGGGAGUCCACCGACGGCAGCAUGAACAGCUACAGCUCCGAGGGAAACCUGAUCUUCCCUGGUGUGAGACUGUCCUCCGACGCCCAGUUCUCUGACUUCCUGGAUGGACUAGGCCCAGCCCAGCUGGUUGGACGACAGACGCUAGCUACACCCCCCAUGGGUGACAUCCAGAUUGGAAUCGUGGACAAGAAAGGAGCGCUGGAGGUGGAAGUGAUCCGAGCCCGUGGCCUUGUGGGAAAACCAGGUUCCAAGGCACUGCCAGCACCAUAUGUAAAAGUGUAUCUUUUGGAAAACGGAGCCUGCAUAGCCAAAAAGAAAACAAAAGUAGCAAGAAAAACCUUGGAUCCCCUUUACCAGCAGCAACUGCCUUUCGAAGAGGCUCCUGGAGGGAAGGUUCUACAGAUCAUCGUAUGGGGAGACUACGGACGCAUGGACCAUAAAUCCUUUAUGGGAGCAGUUCAGAUACUUUUAGAUGAGCUGGACCUGUCUAACAUGGUGAUUGGCUGGUUCAAGCUCUUUCCUCCUUCCUCAUUGGUGGACCCUACCUUGGCCCCCUUGACAAGAAGAGCUUCCCAAACGUCAUUGGAUAGCCGGUCAUAGCAGUGUGUGGACUGAUAGCAUUGUUGUAGCAGCAGCACCCAGUGUUGAGGUUAAACAAGCUGCGACAGACCGGUCACGCCCCCCGGUUACACUGCAUGCUUGAUGUUGUGUCUUCUGAGCCUGUUUCUAGGGGUGCAAACGUGAUCCUGUGUUUUGAGCAAAAUGUCGCACACAUUGUGCGUAGCGAGCGUCGCUCCCUCGGCCGGGUCGGAGCGCCAGCUCAGAUUGGAAGGCCGUAACGGACUCCUUAGCACCAGGAAUUGUCUCUAAAUCGAGCGAUUCCAGGUUUUCAUCCAAUCUUAAGCCAUGGGGGUCGAAACUGGGAACCCGCUCGAUGAGUUCUACAGAAGCCCUUUUCGAAUGAAAAAUACAUGUUUUAGUUUUUAAUUAAUUAUUUUGUUUUUUGUUUGUUUUAUUGUCGAUGUACUUGUAUACCUGAAGGGGUGACUGACAGUGUUGUCCUGUCCAGAAGCUUGGUCACGCCACGCCAACAGACCUAGCUAGAUAUGUAAAUGGAACUAUGAGGAUCAUUGCAAUAGGAGAGGUGGGGUGUCCCAACUAAAGCUCAAACUCUGAAUAUGAGGCCCUAUAUAAAUACCUAUAGGUAGUAGAUCACACCAGAGAGACAAUACUAAAGUUACUAAAGGCAAUACAGAAGUGGCUACUGUACUAUCGACACUCCAGAAUCUAUUGAUCAGAACCCACAACAAGACUAACUUUUAUGACCUAACAUUAUUAUUUCUCUGUUGAUAUAUUGUAUGAAAUUUAAAUGAAGAUUAAAAAAAUAAAAUAAUAAUGAUUUUUUUGCAUGGACAAAAAUUUAGCUGAAAAAAAUAAAAGAAAAUUAUUUUCUUGAGGCUGCGACUUGCAAAAAAAGAUGAAGAAAAACAAAUAAAACACAUCAGCCAUUUUCAACAAUUUAUAUUAUUUUUAAAUAUAAAUUUCACUAGUGCAUGGUUUUCAGAGGGGAGUGAAUGCAACAGCGUGAUAAAAAAAGACACAUUGUUUAUCAUUCUUUAGACCAUCCAUAACAUAAGUCUGUGAUUGGCAGACAUACAGUAAGAGAAACUCAAAUAAAAACUUUUGGAGUUAUUUAUCCAAAAAAACUGUUUAUGUGACAAAGUGAUGAUGAAAAUAAAUGUAAAUUAUUUAUUUCAUUGUAAAGGUUUACAAGCCUUAUAAAGAUAAACAUUAUGUGCAAAUUGUACACGUCUCUUUCUCUCCCUUGUCCCAGGGCAUCCCCCUGAUAUUGUCCAGAGUUUCAGGACUGUUGGUUCUUUUACAGCUCUGUAUCGUUUCAAUAUGUAUUUUUUUUUUUGGGGGGGGGGGGGGUUGAUUUGUUUAACAAGCAUGUUGUAAAGGAUUUUCUGCAACAUGGCUUGGGCACACCUUAAAGUAACUCAGCAUGUUGUAAAGGAUUUUCUGCAACAUGGCUUGGGCACACCUUAAAGUAACUCAGCAUGUUGAAAAGGAUUUUCUGCAACAUGGCUUGGGCACACCUUAAAGUAACUCAGCAUGUUGUAAAGGAUUUUCUGCAACAUGGCUUGGGCACACCUUAAAGUAACUCAGCAUGUUGUAAAGGAUUUUCUGCAACAUGGCUUGGGCACACCUUAAAGUAACUCAGCAUGUUGUAAAGGAUUUUCUGCAACAUGGCUUGGGCACACCUUAAAGUAACUCAGCAUGUUUUGAUAAAGAGGAUGUUUGGGAGUUUUGCAGUUUCUUGUACAGUGCAUGUCAACUUAGUUACUUUUCCCCCCUCACCUUCAAUUGAAUUCUACAGCAAAUGAAUUAGUUACUUUCAUGGCCAGACUAUUAAAACGUUAAAACGAAACAUUCCACCAACCCCUAGAUCAUAUUUUAUUUCACUUUUUCAAAAAGAAUGACAAGGAAAAAUAUUUUAUAUUCAUUGGAGGUUGACAAAAAAGUUGUGGUUGCAAGUGUAUUUUAUUUCAGUAUUGUUAACUAACAUGCAAAAAUAAUCUGUAUUGGUACAGCAAGAAGGAUAUUUAUAUCCAAGCAAGAAGUGGCAAACAUACAACUUAUGUACUGUAUAAUGCUGUGUAGUUCAGGCACUGUUUGUGAGGAUGAGUAAAACACAAGGUCAAACAACAUGGGAUGUUGCCACACUAUAUGAAUUUUGUUUUUUUGUUUUUGUGAAAAGAAAAUUAAUUUCAUAUUUUUAUUAGUUUAUUUACAAGCCAAGACCAGUUUUUAUUUGUAUUUUUAGUAAUUAUAAAUGCUUCUUGUGUAUGGGAGGUAUAUGAAUCUUACAGUUAUGUCUGAAUGAAAAUAAACUGAGACAUUAUUCCUUUUCCAUGUUAAACCAAUACAUUGUAAUGUCCAUCCAAUAUCUUGAUGCUAUAUACUUUCAUUUUUGAUUUACAUUGUACAUAUUAGAAAUUUGAAUAAAACAAGCAAACUCAAAUAGAUUAAUACAAUAUUUUGGAAUAGGAAUAAUGUCUCACAUGAUGACAAAGACAUGUUAUUUACCCUUUUGAAUGCCUUUCUUUCUUUUGUUUUGGUGCAAUGUGUUUAUGCCAAGGCUAUGUCUUGGUGAAGUAUGGUUGAGUACAGAGAUUUAUGUAAGUUAUUUUUCAAAUAAAAAAUGGAUAUUACACCGGCACUGAGUACCAGU